UGAUCAUAUAAGCUAAAGUAGUAUCUUCUAUACCAAUGUCGACAGAAAGCACAGAGCAGAUUCUUCACAUGAAUGGUGGUACCGGAGACCAUAGCUAUGCUCAUAAUGCAACAGCUCCGCUAAAAGUGACGAUGAGAGCCAAACCAAUCAUGGAAGAAAGCAUAAAGAAGAUGUUCCAAAGAAUCGCCACUUCUCCAAGCUGUUUAAGAAUUGCAGAUUUGGGGUGUUCGUCGGGAGCUAAUGCAUUAAAGGCUGCAUCCAACAUCAUGGACAUGAUUUCUAUGGUAGCAGAAGAAGAAGCCAUGAUUAUGAGCAGUGAUGAAAAGCUUCCUGCAACUUUUCAAGUUUUCCUAAACGAUCUGUUUGGGAACGAUUUUAAUGCACUGUUCAAAGUGGUACCUGAAUUACACAAAGAGAUCAGGACAAAGUCUGAUGGGCUGUGUUUCUUUAAUGCAACGCCUGGGAGCUUCUUUGGCAGACUCUUCCCCUCCCAUUCCAUACAUUUCUUCCAUUCUUCUUUUGCCGUCCACUGGCUCACUCAGGCUCCCAAAGAGAUGAGGGGAGAAAUAGAACUACCAGUUGAUAAAGAGGGAAGCAAUGUUUAUUUGACAAGCAUAAAUCCACCAUCUUACAAGGCUCAAUUUAAGGAAGACUUGAAGUUGUUCUUGAGAUCACGUCAUGAGGAAAUAGUCCCAGGGGGGACCAUGUUUCUAACUCUAAUAGGCAGUUAUGACACUUCUGAUUUCAUAAGUACUCCAGGCAUCUUACGUCAAGUAAUCAUAGAUAUGGCUUUGGAGGGUAUGAUUGAAAUGGGAAAACUGGAGAGCUUGAGAAUUCCAAUAUAUCACCCAACCGAAAAGGAAAUGAGAAAAAUAAUUCAGGAAGAGGGGUCAUUUACAAUUGAAAGAUUAGAGAGUUUGAGAAUGUGUUGGGAUGGAUCGAACCUCAAUGAAGAUGGAACUGAUAAUGAUUUGUACCGUUUUGUGGACGUUGGAAAGAGAGGCGUGUUCUUGACCAAAUAUCUUAGAUCCGUCUUUGAGCCCAUUUUGAGAGCACAACUUGGAGAAGGGCUCAUGGAUGAACUAUUUCUUAGGUUUCAGAACAAAGUUACCCAAUUCAUGGACCGAUUGGAAUAUCCUAUUUUGGUUUUGUCUCUCUUUGUUAAUUGAUUGGGAAUAUUAAUUUAUCAAGUUAUGUAUGAAAAAUAUUAUCAUACAUGUAUGGGUAAAUUCAACAUUUCAAUAAAACAGUAUAAUAUUUAAAACGAUUAUGUAUAAUAUUUAGACUCCUGAGUAAUCUCCUUGAUGGACUAGCUCUUAGUUUCAGGGGUUACAAAGGUAUAGCUACGUACAAGUUUAUCUCUUUGUUUUAUUAUGAGUGAAGUUAUGAAUAAAGUCGUGUUGUACGUUGUUUUGCCA